UGACUCUCCGCGGCACUCGUGUGGACGCCGCUGACGGCUUUGGGGGCCUGCGGCGGGACAGCUGGGCGCCGGGGCGAGGGGACACGGCGCGGCGGGGCUGCGCGGCAGCCGCCGAGAUGCCGCUCUUCGCCUCCAACCCCUUCGAGCAGGAUGUAGAAAAGGCUACGAACGAACACAACACCAGUGAGGACUGGGGUCUUAUUAUGGACAUAUGUGACAAAGUUGGAAGUACUCCCAAUGGGGCAAAGGAUUGCCUUAAAGCCAUCAUGAGGAGAGUAAAUCAUAAAGUUCCCCAUGUGGCCCUGCAAGCACUUACACUUCUAGGAGCCUGUGUAUCAAACUGUGGAAGAAUAUUUCACUUAGAAGUUUGUUCUCGUGAUUUUGCUAGUGAAGCUCGAGGUAUAAUAAAUAAGGCUCAUCCAAAAGUCAGUGAGAAGCUGAAAACUCUAAUGGUGGAGUGGUCAGAAGAAUUUCAGAAAGACCCACAGUGUAGCUUAAUAUCUGCAACUAUUAAAUCUUUAAAAGAAGAAGGUGUCACUUUUCCUGCAGCUGGAUCACAGGCUACCACAAAUGCUGCUAAGAAUGGUUCUUCAUCGAGCAAAAACAAAGAGGAUGAAGAUAUAGCUAAAGCUAUUGAAUUGUCCUUACAAGAGCAGAAGCAGCAACAAAUGGAGACCAAAUCCUUGUACCCCUCCGCAGAUGUGCAGCAAACCAAUCAGAACCUGAGGAAGGUGCGAGCUCUCUAUGACUUUGAAGCUGUCGAGGACAAUGAGCUCACCUUUAAAAGUGGAGAGAUUAUUUUUGUUUUGGAUGACAGUGACACCAAUUGGUGGAAGGGUGAAAACCAUCGAGGUGUGGGACUGUUUCCAUCUAAUUUUGUGACUUCUGAUUUAAAUGUUGAACCUGAGGCAGCAACUGUAGAUAAAAACUGUGUUCCUGAGGAUGCUACAGAAGAAGUUAAGAAAGCAGAACCUGAGCCAGUUUAUAUAGAUGAGGAUAAGAUGGAUAAAACGCUGCAGGUGCUUCAGAGUAUAGAUCCUACAGACCUGAAUCUUGAUUCAGAUCUUCUAGACUCAGAAGUUAUUUGUCAGCAGAUGGGUCCACUGAUAGAUGAAAAACUGGAAGAGAUAGAUAGAAAACAUUCCGAAUUAUCUGAACUGAAUGUGAAAGUUCUAGAAGCUCUGGAGCUCUAUAACAAACUGAUGAAUGAAACACCGAUGUAUUCAGCCUACUCCAAACUCCACCAUCCUGCACAAUACCCUCCUACAUCUUCUGGUGUUUCAGUGCAGUCGUAUCCUGUACAGCCACCUAGUGGGAACUACAUGAUCCAAGGUGUUCACCAAGUCACCGUUUCCCAAGGUUAUGGCCUAGGACCUGAUCAGAUGGGGCAGCUCAGGUCUCUGCCUCAAAGUAUCAAUUCUUCUGGAGCAACUCAGCCUGUACAAACUGCUUAUUUAAGCCCAGGACCAGACUCUGUGUUAAACCAGACGUUUGUGACCCAGAGCCCCGGCCUCCCCACAGCUGCCAGCACAGCAGUGUACAGCCAGCAGCAGAUGGGCUCGGUGGAUAUGGCAGCUUACCAGAGUAACACAUCGAGUUUGCCUCAAGGACCGGGUUAUCCCAUGGCAGUUCCUCCUCAUUCCGUUCUACAGCAACAAACCAACUACCAUCAACAGCCUCUCCUUUAAAAACAGACCAGGCUUGUUUCCAAAAUAACGAAGAGAGAUUGCUGAAUCUAAUGGUUUUGAUUAAUACCUGUCACAGAUAUCAAAAUACAUUUUCCUUUAAAGUAACCCAACUUAGGGUGAUGCUGAGUAACAGUAUGCAUCGGAUCUGAUUGUUAAUCAUUUCCUUAAUGAUAGUUUGAACUACGUGAGCUAAUGAUUUAAAAUGAUUUCAGAUUGCUUUGAGCCCUUGUUUCAGUGGUUUCAAGAAAUGCCAUUUGUGUGUCUGAAUUCAAGUUAAAAAAAAGCAUCCAAAAUUAGUUUUAUGUGUUUCUAGAAAUGUGAGGAUGCAAAGGCACUGUUCUGUGUUGCUCUCGUUACGCAUCGUCUCCUCUGGUGUCUCACUGUAAGCUUUCCAUCCAAGUAGCUUUACAGAGCUCUCCUCUGCUGAUUCAGACAUCUCCUCUCCGCGCUGCCGUGGUGAGCUUUACAGUAUGGUGUGUGCUGCAUCAUUGGAACAGCUGCACAAGUGAAGCAGAUGAGAGCUGGAAGAGAAAAUGAUUUGAUACUGUGACAGAGAACCACGUACCUACAGAAAUAGGAGAAAUGGCGUUGUUAUAGUGCUGCCUAUUAGAUUUUGGGAAGCUGCAGCUCCUGAUGUGUUUCUCUUGAAAGGAACUGUGGGAAUGGGGCAGUUGAUGCUUGAACUCUCUAGUGGCUUUGGGCACAGGAGGUUCAGCAAGCACACAUUGCCUUUGCACAAGCACGCAAGGGAUGCUCCCAGCAGCCUGUGUGGGUACUCGGGAUACAAGGUGCUGUGCCAGGAACUUGCACAGAAUAGAUUUUCUUUUCCUUUGUUGUUGUUGUUGUUGUUGUAUGUAGAAGUGAAGGAGAAGUGUAGUUCUGUGUGGUGACAGGAAGGACUCCAGAAUGUUUGACGCUUAGGACUGUGGGGCUCUGCCUUUGUUCCAUUUCCAGUGGGGAGGCAAGUGGAAAAGCAGUUGUCCAGACCAGAGGGUUCUUUCCUCUAUAGGAUUUCCUUUUGUUGCCACCGUUCCUGUGUCUAAAUAAACACUGGGUACAGUCAGAGAGAAACUCUUAAACCAGGUGAAAGAAGCCUGCUUAACACACUACGUAUGGGCAGCAAUGGGAUUGUGCUCCUCACCUAACAGCAGGAAUCCUUGCAUAUUGAAAAUGAGAGAUGUGUCUGUGGAAAAGAAAUUGCCUUGGAACUGUGGAAGUGUCGCAUUUGGUGGCUAGGAGAAGAAAUGUAAGGAUUCCUUCCCUGAUGCACUUUUUAAUGGGUGGGUUCUUUUUCCUUUUACAAGAGGAACAGGUGAGUUAUCCUCCAGGAAUGUGGGAUUUUUUUCUUUUACUGUUUCAGCCUUGGAAAACAAAAA